AUGUCCAACGCCUCUAAACCACCUUCCUGGCUCUUUUCCAACAACACCAACAACAACCUUUCUCAAAGCAAAGACCAAAAGAGCAACUCUUCCAGCUCGGCCAAUUCCUCAAACGACGACAUGGCCAAGACGAAACCUUCUGCCGCCGACAAGGGCGCUGAGUCCGCCCAGCCCCCUGCCCAGCUCCUCGACCUUGUGGAGCAGUUCCUCUCCGACAACUCCUUCAGCAGCGCCCUCAGCGCCUUCAAGAAGCAGCGGUCAAAGAAGGGCUGGGGCGAGGCUUCUGAAAACACCAGCGGAAGCACUCUCGUUGCCGUCUUCAAGGCCUGGGAUAACUCGGCCAAGGCCCCUGCAGACCGGGAUGUCGACAUGAACGACUCGAGCAGCUCCAGCUCCAGCUCUAGCGAGAGCAGCAGCAGCGAAAGCGAGAGCGAGAACUCGGACUCUGAGAGCGAGUCUUCCAGCUCGGAGGAGAGCUCCUCAGACGAGAGCUCCAGCUCAGAAGAAGACUCCAGCUCCGAUGACAGCUCUGACAGCGAGUCUGAAGUGGACGCCAAAGAAGCCGCCAAAGAAGCCGCCAAAGAAGCCGCCAAAGUGCCCCUUCCCGACUCCGACUCCGACUCAUCAUCUUCAUCCUCAGACUCGGACUCAGACUCAGACUCAGAUUCCGACUCGGACAAGAAGCCCAAGGUCAAUGGCGUAAACAAGAUCAAGUCCGAGGCCAAGGAAUCAUCCGACUCUUCAUCCUCUGCCACCAUGGACUCCGUGCCUAACCCUCCCCUGCCCCCCAACCCAUACGACCUCAAGAAGGAGAAGAAGAAGAACGAGCCCUUUUCUCGCAUCGACAGGAACAUCAAAGUGGACCCCAAGUUCGCCUCCAACGAGUAUGUGUCCAUUAGCUACUCCCAGCGGGCUCAUGAAGACCUCAUUGUCACAAAGGGCAAGGGCUUCACCAAGGAGAAGAACAAGAAGAAGAGGGGCAAUUUCCGCGCGGGCGUGAUUGACAUUACUGAGAAGAAGGCCGUCUACUUUGACGACUAA